AUGCCUAACCAUCUAACCUCUUUGUUUAAAUCCGCCGCGGGCAUCGCAAAUGACGUUUUAGGAAAUUCGGGGAAUUUGCAGAGGGGUGGUUUGAAGGGGAAGAUAAAUCGGGAUGGGAAUGGGGAUUUACUUCAAGGGAAGAAAGGAGAGAAGGGAGAAAAUCAGCGAGAAGAGAAACUUCAGAAUGAAGAUUUGGGUUUGGGUUUGGGAGGAGCGAGUAUUGGGGAUGAGGGGAGAUUGUUGGUGGGGGUUGCGUUGGGGCGAAUUGAAGAUGCAGUGGAGGGCGGGGAGGUGGGUGGAAUUGGAAUAGGAACAGGCAAGAUUGGUGGGAUGGGUGGGAGAAGUGGGAGAACGGGGGGAUGCAAAAAUUUUAAGCUGAUUGAUAUGUCAGGUUCAGCAGCUACAAAUCCUAAUGAGAAGUUUCCUCUGAUGCCGUGUUUGAGAGCUGGGGAUGGAUUGGACGUAGAGGUUAGUCCUACAGAUGGAUUGGGAGGGUUUGAUGGGAAAGUUGGGGAAGGUGGGUGUGAAUGUGGUAGUGUAGAUGAGGAAGAUGGAGGUGGACGAAGUGGUAUAGAGAAUACUGAAGCAAGUGGAUUAGAAACCGGAGGAAAGAAGCAUAGCGCCAUUAACGCUACUCCUGCUUCUAUCCCACUCCCAAUAUCGAGUACGGUCUCAAGCACAAACACUAUCACAACAUUUGAAUUAGAAGAAACAACAACAACAAGAAUUCGCGCCUUUACUGUCCCCCGCAAACCAAUUGUUACAAAUAGAAGGGAUUGUCUUGAUUGGAAGACUGAGUAUGGGGGUUAUGAGGGUUUGAAGUGUGGAGGAAAUGGAGAGAGACAGAAACACGGGGAAAGAGGAGAAGGAUUUAAGAGCGUGGGAAGUGUGAAGAGUGAAGUUAUUGGUGAGAGGAAGGAGGAUAGAAGUGUGAGAUUGGAGAGAGAGAGAAUGGAAAGGGUUGGGAGGGAUCUGUAAGUUUCUUUUCCUUUCUUCUUCCGCUUUCAAAAUUUCUCGUUAUUUACAUCUAAACCUAUCUCCCUUUUCAUAUCCUCCUUACAUUCCCAUCAGCUCAUCCCAAUCAAUACCUCCUCCCUCACCACAACUAACCUCCUUCCGAAUAGCCACCACGAAAAUCCCCUCCAUUCCCACCCCAUCCAAGCCAGUACAAUCUCGCACGGUACACCACCCACCAUAAGUCCCCUCUACACCAGCACCUCUAGCCCUUCCAUCAACUCCUCAAAAUCCAAAUCCCGCGCUUUUCGUCACUCGUAUACGGUGCCUAUUCAUGGGUUUCAUUUUGUAGGUAAAGGGGUUGAGGGACCUGCUGAUAUGGAGAGUAUGGCUGGAGGUAUAGGUAUGGAAGGUAUGGCGGGCGUAGGUGAUGUAAGUACAAUAGGAAGAGGUACUGCGAGGGAUAGAUAUAGCGGGAAUAGUAAUCCAUCAGUUUCCGGUUCUGGAACUGGAGGAAUGGGAAUAGGAAUGGGAAUUGGAUCGCGAACGGGAAGUUUUUUGAGGAGAGCAAGUGUGAGUUUUAAGGGACUGGGUGCGGGAGUGGGGAUUGGGUAUAUGAGGAGUUCGAGUGGAGGUGUAGAGGGAAUGCAUGCGCAAGGAUGGGGUAUACAUGCUGAAAAACUCGAUUCGAAUUCUAAUACCAUACCGGUCGAGUUUCUUAGAGGUGUAGGUGGAUAUGCGGGUGAUGGAAUGGGUAUUGGUAUGGGAGGAGAGAAAAUUGAAAUGGGUACGUGUAAGGUUACUUGACUCUCCCUUUUUCCAUUUUCUUUCUUUCUUUCUUUCCCGGAAUUUUGUAAUUAUAAAUAUGGAUAUGGAUAUACACUAACCAAUAAAUGGGUAACAAAUUAACAAUAAAUAGAUACAGAAAGAAGAAAGAGUGAUCGUCAAUCGCUUAUUUUACCGAAAUUCGAGUGGGAGGAUGAAUUUGUGGGUGGGAAUACCAGGAAGAAAGUUUGA